UGCAUUGCCCCCUCGAAGCCUUUGUUAAUUCCAUUCAGACAUCAGUGUUUGUCAGUCAGUCAGUGUUGGUCCCUCGUUCGCGGCGAAAGGUGGUGCUAGUUGCUACAAUAAUAUAUCUACAGUUCGCGAGUUAAACACUUGUGUUUUAAUUAUAAGUUAAACUAAUUUUGUUUUAAUUGAAUUUAUUAUACUUUAUUUAUAAUUUAACUCAGUGAAGUGAAGUGUUGUAAACAAGAGAAGAUUUUCCAAAGGGAUAUUGUUGUUUGAUGCCGUGUUGACGCGGCGACAGCAUGGCGGCAGGCCGACAGCUGCGGCUGCUGCUGUGGAAGGACUACCUUAUACGGAAGAGAAAGCCUAUAACCUUGAUUGGGGUGCUGUGGGCUGCCGUGGUAUUGUCCAGUCUGUACUUAGUUAGGAGUAAUGUAGAUAAUACGUAUUACCCAACAUGCCAAUUCGCAGCUCGAGCAUUACCGAGCGCUGGUGUACUAAAUUUUCUUCAAUCAUUCGUAUGCAAUGUUAAUAAUGAGUGCUCCUCGUUAGAGGAUUUCGAUGAAAUACCUUCCUAUGAAAAAUCUAGGUUCACACAAGUGCAGCGUCAGAUCUCUUCCAUCAUCACCAAUGAGACGGUGAUCGACACAGCGGCCAAUGUGCCGGAUGCCCUCAAACUGCUCGCUACUCUGUCAGACAUCGCUGACAAUCCUCUCUUCUUGAAUAUCACUAAAAAUGGAUUGCUCGUUAGCGAUAUAUUUAAGAAUCCCAAAAGGGUGAAACGGUAUUUGACAAAAGAACUUGAGCUGCCUGAAGUUGUUUCAAACAGUAUCCUGACAGCUGAAGUUGGUUUUGAAGGGAUCAUGCAGGGGAACUUAGACAGAUGUAACGCAGAUUCUAUAAGUAAAACGAUUAAAGUGAAAAAUGUAGAACACUUAAAUGCUUUCGUAGAUAAAUUGUGUGCACUUCCAAAGAAAACUGUUCAAAAUCUAGUCAUGGGCCUCGUAUCAGAAGUGGAUAUAGGAAAAUUUGUUACAAUGAUAGGCGAUAUGUAUUACAAGUUGUCUGGUGACGUGAGAUUGACAAGACUUGGUGAUAUGAUGGUAGCAGCCCUCCGAAUGAUGUCAAUGGACAGUUUCAUGCCUCCAGAGCUGACGGCUAUAAUUCAGAAUCGAGAAGUUGACUUCAGCUAUGUGAACUUGACCAUGAUAAGAAAAGUUAUUAAUUUGUUUCAACCUACUUUUGGAGACACAGAGUCAUUUAAGACGAUAAAGGAGGUUGUAGAUACAGCAGUGAUAGGUGUAGAGUAUUUACAAAAGUUCCUCACAAAACAAGAUAUUAAUUCUGUAGAAGAAGUGACUGAUUUAGCCUUAUCCAAUGUCGGUGAUAAGUUUGGAAUAAGCGCAGGAUUUAAUAAGGCUUCCCAAUUUAUGGACAGUAUUACAAAUUCACUGGCAGAAAUAGGUGCAAACAGUACAAUGCUAAGCAUAUUUAACGCUUUCUCUGGGGUGACAAAUUUCUUUUUAAAAUUCGUGCCAAAGAAUCAAAAACAUGAUGUAUUAUUUUAUUCUACUCUAUUGGCGAAACUUAUCGAAGGCGCUCAAAAGGUCAUCAACAUUAACAUGCAUUUAGAACAGUUGGCCUAUGAUGUCUCCCUGCGUAACCCCCAAGGUGUUAAAAUAUUAUUAGCUCUGCCACCUGAUGUGGUUUCCAAGGGUUUAGAAGCCUUAGCAAAUGCGGAAAGGAUACAGAUAAUGACUUCCAAACUAAACGACGUAAAUCAGAUGUUCUGUGACACAAACCGAAUCAAGAAUUUCUUUCUAGUAUCCCAAGACGAGGCAUCUAGUUUAAAAUCUCAGUUUUGCACGGAAGCGUGGAGAAGCUAUGUCUACGAUUUCGUAUCAAGUUUUGGUAUAUACGAUGUGAAAGAUAAUAUAAACAGUAUGGCAUCACUAUUUGUGCUUGAGACUCUAGGUAGAGACACCAGUAGUCAACUUUACACUAUCGACAAGGAUUUUGAAAUUCUGAGAAACUUGACUGAAGAUAUAGAAAAAAUUAUACUGCAAGAAAAACCAGAUAUAGAUUGGACAAAAGCCUUUAAUGUCUCUGAAGAAUCGGAGGUUUUGAAAGCUUUUAAAAAGAAAUCACACUUGGGUAAACAUAUACUGAUAACAGUACACGGUGCUUUAGCUAAAGAAGUAGUCAGCCAAAAUCCACUACUGGAGUAUAAAAUAUCACCAUUUUUAAAAGACACCCUAAUAAUAGUGAAUGCUAUCAAUGGACAGCUCGAUGUUGCUCCUACCGAUUUACAAAGAAAAGCCAAAGAAAUGUAUCCAAAAAUCAUCAAAAUGAUUUUAAGCACAGCACUAGAUGAAGAAAAGAUGUAUAAAACACUAUCAACACCAUGCAAGGACAUAUUAUGCAACGGCCCUGAAAUAGCGUCUAUUUAUUUAAAUUAUCCUCCAGAAGACGAUGAGACAGGUCUUUUUACAACGUUAUGUAAUAUAACUAUUGCUAUAGAAAAAGGAUUGGAAAAAGACUCAAUCAUCGGAAAAGCUGUUAGACAUGUAAAAGAUUCAAAACACAAUAUCUUAGAAGAAAUCAACUGGACAGGUCUGAUAACUGGUCUAAACAAUCUCUACAAAAAACUUGACAAUGACUACACGUAUCUGUUUGAGUACGAAACCUUUAAUAUGAAUGCAAAGGAACAGAAAGAAGUAGCUGAAAUGAUUAAGGAAGUAAAAGUAUUCUGGUUCGACUUGAAGAAUUUAAACAGACUGUUGCACAUAAGUAUCAAGUUUGGACUACGUUUCUUGGAUAUAUUGGACCACGGAAUCUUUGAUAUAAACAGCGAGGGAUGGUUUAAAGUGAAAUAUAGCUUCUACGUCGCUAACGGGCCUUUGACCGUCGUAGAUGAUUUGAUUCAGCUAAUUGGUGGUAUUACAAGAAAUACAACAACUGCAUCAUCAGUGCCUCCAACUACCGCGACUGCUUUAAGAAAUUUGCUUCCUAACAUACCAUAUUUUCUUAAGGACUCAGUGGAUGUGAUAUUUGCUGAUAAUACAGAUAUUGUCCCGAUAAUCUCUUUAAUGAACGCCGAUCCAUCUUGGCCUUGUUCUGGUAGUCUCACUCAGUUCUUGCAACUUAGUGAGGAAUCACAGAUUGCUCUCAAAUCUCUCGAGACCAUAAUGUGCCUCGAUUCAGACCUUCAACAAGAAUGGAUUGAUUAUUUGGCAAUAAGAAAUGCUACAGUUUUUAAAACCCAAUCAUGGAAUACCACAGUGUAUCCUGAUAGCAUAUUUCUGAAAUUCUCUGCAACCUUCGAUUCUCUAAUAAAGGACUUGGAUACGAUAAAAGAGAUUUUCCAAAGUACGUUCGAUAAUAGAACUGAUGGGCAUGUGACACUGGUAUCAGCUCUACAAUACUCUAUAAAUGCUUUCGAUAAUCCUGAAAAAGAUGAAAUUUUAAGAAAAUUCUUGUCUAAAGUGGAUUCAGUACUAAACGCAGUCAACACAUCAUCAAUUCAAGAUAAUGUUCCUUUGAACAUGCUCUGGAAGGACUACCUCAAUUGCAGUUCUGGAUAUAUCGACGAUGACUGCAGGACUCUCAGUAGAGCUACCUGGAAGCAUACUUUGAUGUAUAUUUCUACCACAUUUGGGAAUAUCACUGAAGAUCUGUACACUUACUUCAAAGAGAGUAAUGAACCAAAUUCAACAGUUUUGGAAGCGCUAGGUUUCACUAGAGACACCGGGCUUUACAUGCUGUAUGAUAAGAUGCCGGAGUUUAUUGCAGUUCUAGUUAAUUCUUAUAUGGACCUAGGAUUCAUGAAACGGGUUCAACGCGCAUCGCAAACCCAUUUCUGGGACUGUGCCGAAGUAUUCCAGGCACUGAACCCUGGUCCUGACAGCCCAAUCGACGCCGCCAUGCUUGCUCAUGUACAAACAUUCGUCUGUCCAUCAUUUCUGCAUUGGAUUUCUAUGCCUAGAGGGGAUAACAAACUUAUUGAUAUAUUUACUAAGCCCCAAUAUUUCUUUUUCACAAUGGAAGUAUCGAAUUUAACCAGCACCUAUGAAAAAUUCUACACAACAGGAACUAACCUUGCUGCUCUAUUAGAUAGUUUAUCCAACAAAAGCAUGGAAAACGAAAUAAAACUAGACACGUUGAUAGAAAAGCUGAAACGUGCAGUAGAUAUUAUUGUAUCCUAUGAAAUUAAUGACACAGAACCUUCAUAUAGAGCUUUCAAUGAAGUGAAUAAGAAAAAGUUUGCAGUUUCCAUUUAUUUUACUAGAGUUGUUGCAAUUAUCAAUAAACUAGUCACAGCUCUUGAUAAUUUAAAAAUAACUGAUCUCAUUAAUAAUGUCCCUGAGGAAGAAGUAAAAAAUUUGGAGUCGGAACUGGCAAUAAUUCAGAAAAUAUUCAUAAGAAGACCAUCAGAAGCGAUUGCAUUACAUUUCGAUAUUAUUACAGAUGUGUUAUGGACUAACAUUGAUGAUUACAAAAUAAGUAAUGCACUAACAGAUUUUUGUAAUCGGCUUAAAAGUAAAGACAAUUCAAAAAAUAUUCUCGUUGAAUCAGAUAGAGUUAAGGCUCAGAUAUGUGCCAAGAAUUACGAGCUAAUAUACGGUGCCAUACAAAAUAUUUUAAAUAAUGAUUUUGAAACUGCGAGAGGAAGCUUAAUAAAUGUUGUAAAUACAAUCGGAAACGUAUCUGAAGAUGCUUCUGAUAUAUUUGCAUUUCUCAAUAAAAGGAAUCAACUAGUAGACGCCCUCAAAACAUCUGUGAAAUACGCCUACGAUCUUGGAAUCCCAAUUUACCUUAAAUACCUUCAAAGUAACUUGCAACACUAUAACAUAUUGAUCAGCUUCCUAUCGAGUGGUGAUUGGUGGAAAGAACUGAGAGAACUGUAUAAUGGUCCUAAUACUAACAUUUUCUUCGAUACUCUUGAGAAGGGAUUUGAUAUUACAGAGGAUAUAUUUACGCAUUUGGAUAGAAUACAUCUAGUGCGGCUGAUCCGAGACACAAACACCAACAGCACAGAAACAUUCUGCCAGCCAAACAUCACUAUAUCAGACUACGUGCCUGACAGCACUGGUUUGCUGACGACCAUGCAUCGGCAGAUAUGCGAUACCGAGCCUGCUGUGCUUUAUAGAGAACUACCGCCAAUGCUCUUCGCUUCCCAGGGCUACGCCCAUGGUUUAGAUAUGUCCAAAGAAGUUGACUAUGACGCUUUAUACAAAGACCUUGCAAACACUGAAGCUAGACUUGAAGACAUUAAAAAUGGUCCAAAAACACCACAAAGACCAGCAUGGGUGACUAAAGAAAGACUAGAAAGGUUUAGAGAAGUGGCAGUAGAUAUAUUGUCGAAGGAAUCAUUGAUAAAGAUAUCGUUUGGUGUUCUGAGCAAUGUUGUUGACGCUGGCACCUUGUACCUUAAUAACAGCCAAUGCACCCUCUGCUCCGAAUUCACAAGUUGGUUCAAGCAGAUCAACCUACAGUUAUACAAGAAGCAAGAAUACGAUAAUCUGUUGUGCAACAUCGAUCAUCUGUCGUUAGAGGAAACGUAUGGCACUCUCAAGAACGACUUCCAUUGGGACAUGGCUGUUAGUGAGAUAAAAUCUAUCCUCUUGACAAAAUUGUUCGCGGCUUCAAACUUGACGCAAGAAGCAGGAGACACGGUUUUAUCCGGAUUUGGACAAAUGGCUUCCCUCCUGCCAUCACUGCAAGAUAAGCUUGGCAACGUUUCUGAGAGCUUGGCCAAUGAGCCACUUUUGUUGAACUUGAGGAACAGCUCGUCAUUUGGGGACAUGUUGACUUCAUCAAGUUUCAUGGCGGACGCUGGUAACAUGCUGUGCGGCAAGCCGUUCUACUCGAACUUAAACCGCCUCUACAAGACUGUCAUCAAGCAAGAGGACUUGUCUUCGGGGCCUGAUCAAGCGCAGCUGGAUGCGUUGCCUACUGAUUUCUGCCGAUCAUUAUACAAGGAUAUCAUCAGCAUAGAGGGAGGCAAAAUAGUGUGGAGCUUCGUCAAGCCACUGAUUGUGGGGAAGAUCCUCUACACGCCUCCCAAUGUGGCUGUGCAGAAAAUUAUAGAAAAGGCAAAUUCUACCUUCGCUCCCAUGGUGAAGCUCGCGAACCUCGUCCACUCUUUCGCCAAUUCGUUUUCCUCUGUGGACAGACUAGUCGAGCAUCGGGAAGGUCUCUCCGCACUGCAGAAUCUUAUCGCAGCACCACAGUAUAGUGCGAUACGGAAAACUUUGUUAGGAGACGUGGAGGUUCCGAGUGUAGAUAUUAAUGGAGUUUUCGAUGAAUUUGGAGACACUGAGGAAAUCGGCAGAUUGCUAAAGAAAGCGUCGGACCUCUUAUUCUGCAUCAACCUGAACCGCUUUAAACCAAUGCCCAAUGAACACGAGCUGACGCUGGAAGCUGCUCAAUUGACCCUGAUCAACGAGUUCUCUGCCGGUCUAGUAUUCUUGAAUAUGAGUGAAAAACAAACUAAUCUCCCAGCAAACAUUGAAUACAAAAUACGAAUGGAUAUAGAAAACGCCCCGACUACGAAAAGGCUACGUAACUAUCUAUGGAUCCCAGGCCCGGAAUCCAGUUUCUUAGAAGACAUGCGCUACUUCCGUGGUUUCGUAGAAAUCCAGGACAUCAUCGACAAAGCCAUCAUCCAGAUUUCGAUGGAAGACUCUAGAAAGAUUCAGAAGAGAGAUGUAGCGGAGAUGAAGCAAAACGAUUGGGCCAUCUACACUCAGCAAAUACCUUACCCAUGUUACACGAAGGAUUUUUUCCAAUCAGCUCUUUACGAGUCUCAAUCUCUGAUAGUGGCUUUCUACUUCUCUCUUCUGUUUACGGUGUCAUCUGCCGUUCGCUUCAUCGUGUCUGACAAGGAAACUGGCAACACUAUGCUAAUGUCGGUGAUGGGUGUGGAGCUGAGGUACCACACGCUGUCGUGGUUCAUCUGCUCGUUCGUGGAGAUGGUGGUGACGGUGGCGGGCAUGACUGCGGUGCUGGUGCUCGGCAACAUCCUGCCCAGGAGUGAUCCUAGCUUGAUAUUCACCUUGUUGUUUAUUUAUGGAUACUCCGUGCUUUGUUUUUGCUACAUGAUGUCGAAGAUGUUCCGCUCGGCGAGCGCGGCGGCUGUGUGUACGGGGUUAGCUUAUCUCGUCUCCUUCAUGCCCUUCGUGCUCAUCCUGUCCCUUGAGGCUGUGCUCGUCAGCUCCUUGAAGUUAUUUGUCAGUCUUUCAAUGUCCUCGUCACUCUGCUACGGAUUCCUCUUCAUCACGCGCUUCGAAGCCAUGGGCGUUGGCGCUGGUUGGUCGCAAAUAUGGGAGGCACCGGACAACACCAGCGAUAUGAACAUUGCCAUUGCUGGCAUCAUGGUGCUUGUGGAUAGUGUUCUUUACCUCAUUAUUGGUCUACUGUUGGAUAGGUUCUUUGGAAUCAAAACUCAAAGCAACAUAACGAACUGCAAAGCCAACGGCGAGAAAGCAGGAGUCAGCAUUCUGAAUGUGACCAAGAUAUACGAUGAAGGGUCUCGAAGAGCGAAGCUGGCGUUGGACAAUGUGUCUAUGGAACUACACAAAGGACAAAUUACUACGCUUUUAGGACAUAACGGAGCUGGGAAGACUACACUAAUAAACAUCCUAACUGGCAUGCUAAAGCUCACGAAAGGGCACGUGAUAGUGCGAUCAGAUGACGAAAUGGGUGCUCGCCUCGGAGUGUGUCCACAGAAGAAUGUGCUCUUCGAGUACAUGACAGCAAGGGAACAUAUUGCACUGUACGCGCAGUUGAAGAGUGGCCAGCCGAUGGAAGAAGUUCAGGAAGAGGUCAAGAGCAUGCUCCACGUGCUCAACCUGGGGCACGUGUGCGACGUGCCGGUGGCGCAGCUGUCGGGCGGCACGCGGCGGCGCCUGUGCGUCGCGCUGGCGUUCGUGGCGCGCCCGUCGCUGGUGUCGCUGGACGAGCCUACCGCUGGCGUAGAUCCAGCUGCUAGGAGGGAUAUCUGGUCCAUGAUAAUGAAGCUGCGCGAGAACAGAACGAUCCUGCUCACCACACAUCACCUGGACGAGGCCGAGCUGCUGAGCGAUCAAAUCAUUAUCAUGCACAAAGGACAAAUCCAUACAACAGGAUCGCCGAUAGACAUCAAACGAACCUUAGGAAGUGGGUAUAAACUGACAGUGAUUUAUCCCGAUAAGAAACUACAUCUUCUAGAAGAUGACGCUGAAAACGACGUAGUGAUGAUAGAAGAGAAGACGAAGAAUCUUCUAGCAGUAGCACGAAGCGUGGUCAAGAAUGCUAAUUUGGUUGAUAUUAAUGGACUGGAGGUGGAGAUUAAUCUACCGUUCUAUGAUGCAGAUGGAGUUAGUAACGAUUUCCUGGAAAUGUGCAACGUAUUAGAGGGCCAGGAGAGUGAGCUAAAAUAUCUCAGCUACAGCUUGGACUGCAGCAGUCUGGAGCAGGUGUUCUUCAACAUCUGCCAACAAGCUGACUUGUCACAUAAUGGAAUGGAAUAUGAUAUAGCUUCAGUCCCGGAUUCUUCGUCAAAGAGUGCGUCUACCUCCAGUGUCAAGAACGAUCACACUCCCCUCGUGUCGCCGGAUGGACCGCUGAGAGGCUCGAAUUGGCAACAGUUUACCGCCUUAAUGUAUGCGCGCUACUUGCACUAUUUGAGAAACAGAUGGCUUCUCUUUCUACUAGUGGUAUUGCCGUCUCUCUUCCUUGCGGUAGCUAUGGCCUUCUCCUCCAUCCGUCCGCCUGCAGACGCAGAAGUGUCUUUGAAAUUAUACACUGAUAUGUACGAAGAGGCUACACAGUUUAUGAUACCGGUACCAUCGGUAUAUUCUUCAAACAUCGAUCCAUCGUUUGCCCAACAUGUGAUGAACAACUUGCGACUUGAGAAUUCACGAAAUUGGACUCACCAAGAUUCACCGACGUGUCGAUGCGUGGGCUUCGGUCAACAGUGCGACAUAGACAAACACCUGGAAUGGAACCGACCUGACAUGAUGCUGCUGUACGACGCCGACACCCUCAACAACUGGCUGGUAGACUCACAGCAAGUUUAUAUUGAAAAGAGAUACGCCGGCUUCACCUCAGUCAUCAAGAACAAUAUGACCCACCUAGUAGCGUGGUACAACAAUAAGGGUCAUCACAUACUACCGGCCGCCAUAAACGCUCUCAACUCCGCCAUCUUGAGAACUGUGAGCACCAAGCAAGCCGGCAUCACUGUGUACACGCAUCCCAUGAAGAUCUCCAAGGAACAGCUCAACAAGGAUACAGUCUACCAGCACAUAGCAGACGCGGGCAUAUCGGCAAUGCUGUUGAUCGCAUACAGCUUGGUGAGCGCGGGCGCGGCCGUGUACCUGGUUACGUCUCGCCUGAGCCAGGAGAAGCAUCUGCAGAUGCUGUGUGGUGUAUCACCUGGACUGUACUGGGGAACUGCUCUACUGUGGGACAUGGCUAUAAUAGUGGUGAACAUGCUGAUCACGGCAGUAGUUCUGGAAGCAUUCCAAUUUUCCGUGUUUGUGGCGAGGAACAACCUGCCAGCCAUUUGCAUACUCAUCCUACUCUAUGGGUACGCGUGCGCGGGCGUGGUGCACGUGCUGGAGAAGGUGUUCGCGGAGGCCAGCCUGGCCACCAUGCUGCUGUUCUGCGGGAACGCCUUCAUCGGCCUCGUGGGGAUCGCCCUGCUGCUCGUACUCGACAUCAUCUCCGAGUCAGAGGCUACAGACAACGCUCGAUGGGUGUUACACAAAAUUCUGUUGCUGAGUCCACAGUUCACGCUGGGCGAUGGUUUACUUGAAAUUGCCAAGAAUACAAUACAAGCGGAGGUGCUAAGCCAGUUCAACAUGGACACGUACCGCGACCCGCUCACCACCAACGUGGUGGGGCAGCACUAUUUGGCGCUGGCGCUGGUCGGCACCGUGCUGCUGCUCCUCAACCUCGCCAUAGAAUACGACUGCUUUGACUGGAUCCACAUGAGGCUGCGUUCAAAGGACAAGUUCUCCAACGAAAUAGUGGACAGAGAAGAACAAGAAGUGGAGGAAAUAAUGGCGGAAGCGACGCGCGUGCGCGGCGGCUUGCAGCCUCUGCGCCUGCGUACCAUCGGCAACAUUAAUGCUGGGUUCGUGGACACGGAAGACGUGAUCAAGAACGGAUCGAUAAAGCGGUCGAUGAGUACGACAGAGGACGUGGCGGCGUGCGUGCGUCUGCGCAAGAAAUACGGGCAGCGAGUCGCCGUGCAUGCCCUCACGCUCGGCAUACCCCCGGGACAGUGUACAGCAUUGCUAGGAGAGAAUGGCGCGGGCAAGUCGACAACGUUCUCGAUGUUGACGGGACAGCUGCGGCCCAGCAGUGGGCAGGUGUACCUGCACGCGCGGAAGGUCUCGUCGAGGGACCUCUGCCAAGGACUGAUCAGCUACUGUCCUCAAAGCGAUGCGAUAGAUCCUCUUAUGACGGUGAAAGAGACGCUAAGGUUGUACUGUAACUUGAGGGGAAUCACCGACCAAAAAGAAGUAAUUCGUCGAACAGUGGAGCUGUUCGAGCUGAGCAAGUACGGCUCAGUGCGCAGCGGCUCGCUGAGCGGCGGCAACAAGAGGAAACUCUGCGCUGCGCUCGCCUUCAUGGGCCGCGCUCCACUAGUGCUGCUCGAUGAGCCUACCAGCGGCAUGGACCCGAGCUCCCGCGCGUGCGUGUCGCGCGGCGUGCGCGGCGCGUGCGCAACGUCGCGUGGCGUGGUGCUGUCCACGCACGCGCUGGACGACGCGCGGCGCCUCGCUGCACGCGUGGCUCUGCUCAAGGCGGGUAGGCUGUGCGCGUUGGCGCCGCUCGAUGAGUGUUUGAAACGUUUCGGCGGCGGCUACGUGGUGGCGACGCGCGUGCGGCGAGGCGCGCCGCGCGCCGUGUGGCUCCGCGUGCACGCGCGCGCGCCGCACGCCGAGCUGCGCGUGCUGCAUCACGCGGCGCUGCACUUCCUCAUACCCACACACGCUACUGUGAACGGCAAAGAGAUAGUGACCAAACUAAGCGACAUAUUCAAGCUGAUGGCGGAGCUGCAGAUGAGCUGCGACAUCGAAGACUACACAGUUAACCAGAGCUCGCUCGACCAGAUGUUCCUUAACUUCACGGAGAGGACCAGCAUCCUGGACCCCGCGGACGACCUUCAGGUGACGCCCCGCAUCAUGAGACCACCCAGCGACGAGCUCGACAGCAUCACCUCAUUGUGAUAGCCUCACCACUUUUAGCUUAGCCAAAUGCCUUAUGGCUUAUGUACUAUGCCUAUCAAAUGUGAAGAUCCUUGCCAAAGGAAGCGGUAUAAUAUUGUGGUAGUAGUAAAAUGCAAGGCCAUGCUACUUUUCAAUGCUGGCAACACAAAGGAAUAAGAGUGUGUUGUGUAUUUGUUAUGCAAGGCUGCAAAGUUGUUAUUUUGUCGCGAGAGUUUGUAUUGAAUUCCGAGCGAAGGAUUCCAAGCGAAGGUUGAAUUCUUUAUUUUAUUUUUGUACUCUCGUUUUGUCUUUUGUAAGUUUUAUUUAUAAGUACCUAAGUAAAUUAGCAAAAGAUCUUCACAUUUGAAAAGUAAAUCAUAAAAUGUGUAAUGAUUGUUAGUUUUAUCUAUAGCCAAAGUAAUUCUUAUAAGUUUGAACAAAAUAUAAUAUUAUGACAAAUUACUUAACUUACUUUAGGUAACUUGAAAAAAGGAGCAGGUUCUCAAUAAAUUUAUCUUUUUGUUAAAAUAAAAUCAUUUGCAAUGAAAGUCAUUUCAUUUUAGUUUUUACAGGCAAUACAAUCUUCCUGAAUUUUAUUAGUACGUAGAGUGAUCUAUGAAAUAAAAAAUUUAAGUGUUUAUUUGUUAUUUCAAAAUAACAACUUUUUCUAAAUGGGUAUGAAAGUAUAUUGAACAGUACUUAUAACAAAAAACAAUUUUUAUUUUUUUUGUCUAUUUGUUCUGGCUAAUCUGCGAAACGGCUGGACUGAUUUUGACGGAACUUUCAUUGGCAGAUAGCUGAUGUCAUAAGGAGUAACUUAGGUCACUCUUAUUAUGUAUUAUAAUAUAGCUAUAUUAACUUUCACUCGAGUGAAGCUGAACGGAUCUGCUAGUUUAAAAUAUAAAGACAACUCAAAUUUUAAUUCCUCUUAAAACCCGUAAUAUACAUACUCUUAAUUAUCAUCUUUCAGUAUUCGACCGUAGAGAAAUAAUAAUGACAAGUUACUUAAUAUGUAUAUUUUUGGUAUAUUUUUUGUACUUAAUAUUAGGGCCUACGCAGACGACAGACUAAUGUCCGCGAAGGA